UCUGUUGUUUGGUUGUCCUGCAAUUGUCUGGUUCAACAUGCCGCCUAAAGCCUCUGGGAAAGCUGCUAAGAAAGCAGGAAAGGCACAGAAGAACAUAUCAAAAACUGACAAGAAGAAGAAACGCAAGAGGAAGGAGAGUUACGCAAUCUACAUCUACAAGGUGCUGAAGCAGGUCCAUCCUGAUACUGGCAUCAGCUCCAAGGCAAUGAGCAUCAUGAACAGCUUUGUUAACGACAUUUUCGAGCGCAUUGCAGCUGAGGCAUCCAGGCUGGCACAUUACAACAAGAGGUCCACAAUUACUAGUCGUGAGAUCCAGACUGCUGUGAGACUUCUGUUGCCAGGUGAACUGGCAAAACACGCUGUAAGUGAAGGGACGAAAGCCGUGACUAAGUAUACCAGCUCCAAAUAAGUUGAUUGCGAAAAUAAAACGGCCCUUUUCAGGG